CAUGUAUGUAUGUAUAUACGCGAAUGCGUGUAUGUGUAUAUGUAUUGCAUAUACACAGAUGCGUUCAUAACAUGACGGAAGACACACCACAUAACACGUUUUCUUGCCAACCAGUCGUGUGUUAGGCUUUUAGCAUUUGUGUGGUGGACUUGGAGCUGAGAGCAGGGAAUUCUUUAGUCUCGCUUUGCUCGCAUUUCUCUCUCUAUCAUUUUUUUACACUAUCCACAGCUUACACACAUAUAUAUAUAUCUAUAUAUUAAUGUGUAUAUACACUCAGCCAAACCAUUAUCAUCAUUACCACCACCACACACGCACGCAAUUUUAACACUCUUGGAAUUUAAUUGCUUAUUCUUUAUAAAAGAAUUAACAGACGUUUUGCUACCAGACCAGAUUUAUUACCAAGUCUCAAACCUGAUACAAACCUAACUGCGGUUUCCUUUUCUUUCAAUUUUUAUAUUUGUAAAAUCAAAUUCAGCUUUAUUCACAUUUUCAAAGCUUGCUUUGGAAGACAGAACGAAUAUAUAUAUAUAUAUAUAUAUAUAUAUAUAUAUAUACACACGCACUUUGUAUUUUGUACGUUGUUACUCUAAAAAAAAAAAAGUAAUUUUUAACAGUGCAUAUAUAUAUUUAAAUAAUAUAUAUAUUUAUAGAAUAUAUAUAUAUAUUUAUUUAUAUAUAUAUAUAUUCCCAUAACAUAACUCAUUCUCUUCGGGAUUGAGAAAAAUUCAAUCAAGAUUCAUUUCCUUGUGAAGAGUCCCUCCAAGACAUUGUCCAAGAUGGACAUAACUGUACACAUAUCACCCCGCGACCUGUCCGAAAUAAUAACCACCAAUGAGAACACCUUAUUACUCGACUGUCGACCGUUUCUGUCGUUUAAUGAAGGCCACAUCAUCACCGCCCGAAAUAUCCACUGUCCACCGAUAUUAAAACGUCGGUCGGGAGGAUUUAUUUCACUGGAGAAUAUAGUGCCGGACGAAACUAAGCGAUUACACUUGACCAGUGGCCACUACACAUCUGUUGUAUUGUAUGAUCAGGACACAAACACACUGGCUGAUGUCAGCAACGACACGAACCUCUAUUUGGUAUUUAAGAGCCUCAGUCAGCAAGUUCAAAACGUGGACAUUUUUUACUUAAGUGGAGGUUAUACAACAUUCAAAACCAUCUUUCCCCGGUUGUGCAUAGCGGAACGAGUUUUACUGGACAGUUACCUUGACAAACCAUCCACCAGCUACUUGGUUCAUCCUGUAGAAAUUCUUUCCCAUGUGUUUUUGGGUGACCACUGUCAUGCUCGAAACAUCGAUCUGUUGAAGAAACUUGGAAUGACUGCUGUCAUCAAUGUGUCCAGUUCCUGCAACAACUACUUCCCCAACGAUUUCCGUUAUUUGACCAUUCCAGUUGAAGACUCUCAAUAUGCAGAUUUGUCAUCCUGGUUCCAACAAGCCAUCACAUUUAUUGAUCAAGAAAAAAGUGUUGGCGGUCGUGUCCUUGUACAUUGUCACGCCGGCGUCAGUCGGUCAGCGACAGUGUGUUUGGCUUACUUAAUGCAGUAUGAUGGUUUAGGGCUGGACAGCGCCUUCGAAUACGUACAGAGUCGUCGCAGUGUGAUCUCACCAAAUCUGAACUUCAUGAAGCAGCUACAAGACUUUGAAAAAGAACUGUCUGAAUCGUCCCCACCGAAGGAUCCCUAUCUGAAGUCCCCAUGUCGGAUAGAGGCACCGUUCACGUUUUGUUUCCCUGAAUUCUGUCCAUCGUUGCAACACAAACAUAACAGCCCUCUUGCUUCACCAACCUAGAUCAGGCUCACAAGGCCCUGGAGGGGUACGAGACUUGACUUGCGUUAAUAUGGCCAAAAACCAACUUCGACUCUUUUCAUCUUUGUGUUUUUUUUUCCCUUAAGAUGAGAAGCAAAACAAGGGCACUUUACUGAUUUUUUUUUUUUUCCUUUCAAUGUCCCUCCCUGAGAGCUAGUAAGAUUUUGAACUGACUCUAUGGAAUGUUGGGCAUUCCAAGUUAUUCCGGUGAGCAGAAAGCACUGCUACAUUUAACAUUGCUCUUCUCUAACAGAGCAGCAACAAGAAAAGGGAGUGAUUCUAUUGUACAUGGCCCGUCUCUGGCAGAGCA